ACUGAGUUUUACAAGACACUUGUUGAGAAGGCGCACAAAUUCUAUCGCAGGAAGAUCCAGAUCAUGCCGAAGUGCACACUGUGCGGAUUUAACUGGUUCAAUGCGUACUACACUCCCGGCGUAUCUCGCAUUUCAACAAACAUCCGUGACGACAACGACUCAUCAUUGUUGUGUACGAUGCGUGGCAACUUUGUUGGUGUUGUCUCGGACUCGAUACGAGUGCUUGGUGAUGGAGAUGUGACACCUGCUGGUAUUGCCAUCUGCAUUGACUCGAAGGUUGCUGGGAAGGCUGAUGCUGGUGCGAUGAUAGAGUUUGUGCAGCGGAUACAACACACCUUUGGUGCAAUCAACCUGGAAGACAUAUCACAGCCAAACUGCUACAGAGUGCUUGACGUGUUCGAGUUUUGA